UCAGCACCAGUUGGAUUACUAGAUAUAUGACUGCAGUCUGCUGCAAAACAGAAGUUGGAGACAGUUGAAACAUACAUCUCUUAUUCCUGAAGAUGGCCAAAGAGCCUUUAUCUCUGUGUGUCCUGAACAAGACAUUAAACAGAAUUGAAAACAAGCUGCAAACUAUAAAGUUGCAAUAUACUGUAUUAGAUUCCAGUAUUCAAAAAUUAUCAGAGAAAUUUGACUUCUGGAAUACGGUUCUGGAGCAAGAUGUGAUGUGGACAUCACUGCUAGAAGACAGGUUUAAUUCUGUAGAGAUAAACCUCUUCCAUAGCUAUAUCUGUGAAACUAUUCAUUGCCUACAUUCUCAAGUGAUAAAAAGAGUACCAGAUCUUGCCAGAGCCUUGCCUACGCUAUCAUCUGUUCUGAAGCGGAAAGGUAAAAACCAAAGAAUUCAGUUAGCAUGGGAAUCAGCACUGGAGAUACUGGGACUCCAGGAAGAAGAUUUUAAAGCUCUCUCUGCAUUUUUCAUUACCUACAGCCAAGAUGCAAACUACUAUCCUGAUAAACAAAGACAAAAUUACACCCAAGACAUCCAAUCUGUUAUAAACAAAGUGGUAAAAAAUCAGGUCCUUCACCAAAGCCUGUUAUGUGCUGUUAAUGUAGUGGAAAACAAGAAAGUUUGAAGAUAUUUCUAAAGAGCAAAAAUAUUCUGAAACAAUACUUUUCCUCCAGAAACAUACAAUCUAAAAUGACCUAUAGGGGAAAUACUUGAUUCAGAUUUAUCAAAAGUGGCUUGAUGCAAAACCUUCAGUUUAUGUAUAAUAUGGGAAAGUAGCACUAGCUUACUUUACAAAGCUGUGGAACAGAUUAUGUAGAUAAUGUUUGUGAAGUGAACACUAGAAAGCACAAUGUAACUGCUGGAAAAUUUCUAUUCUGUCUAUAAAAUAUUUUAAAAUCCUUCUAUUAACUACUUCAGUAAGUGGGUGGAUGCAGUUAUCAAGUACCUCAUUUUGUUUCCCGUGUGAGAUAUGUCUUAUCCUUGAAUGGCAGAUGGAAUUUAUUUAUCAAUAUAUUGAUACCUAAGACCUAGCUGAACUUUGUGGAUCUAGCAGAUUACUUUGCAAAUACAUAUAAAAAAUUGUGGCCCAAAUCUCUAUGAAUGUUUACUGAAUAUGCAACAGCAAUACCACUUUCAAAUGUGCAUACUUUGUGGUAGAUGAUUGAGAAAGAAGCUCUCCUUGGAGCUGGCAGUUUGAGACUAUUAUCACCUGGUCUCCAACCUUCCCUUUUUAGGGAAACCUGUUGAGAGGGUGGUGGGGAAACUGCUGGCCUGCUGGAAAUUGAUAAAAAUAGAAUUGCUCCAGGGGGCAUUUAGAGACUGAGGAGUGGGUACCAUCUGUACUUACUAUUUUCUGUAUUUUUAUACUAUAGUAUAAUCACAUACUUAGUUGUAUAUGACUUUAUGGAUGUAAACCCCAGGAGUCCAUGCAGAUUACAGUAGUUUAUAAACAUAAUAAAUAAAUAAAAGACCUCAGGGUGGGGUAACAGUCACACUAUUUAUGGAUUAUCUCUCACAGGAAGUUCAACUGGCUUAAUCCUCAGUGGUUUUCAAGCUGGCAGACAAUCUAAUUUGUUUAAAAAGGUGUGUUAAUUUUCUCUACUGAUAUGUUUGAUAUAAUUAUUUGUAAGUCUUUGUUGCUAACAGUUUUUUCUUUUAAGAUACACUGACUGUAAA